UUUUACAUUUUUUUUUUUUUUAAAUACGCUAUAUAAAUUGAGAUAGAGUAGUAAUUGAUUAAGAUUUUCUACAAUUUUUCAAGGUUUGUUUAAAGUUUAAAACCAAUGCGACUAGUAAUAUGUUUGUUUUUUAAAAUUGCUGAGCAGAUGAUGGUACAUUUAUUACUUACCAUUUUUCUCAACGAAAACGCUAAAAUGACACGGAUAGAGACGAUUAUUUCAACAAUUGGAUUCUAUUUCUCAGAAAAAUAUAAGUAACUAUAUAGUAGCCUCUCCCACUUUCUUUCAUUUUCUAAGCUCAUUUGACUGAGCGCACACGCUCUUCUUUUCCAGAAACUUAUAAAUUAAUCGAGUUGUACGCAAGCUGACCCGAAAAAAAACGUUUGAUCGUUGAUUCGAGUUUCAUGGUUAUCUGUAGUUUGUAACAGUUUUGAUAACUGACUGUUACUGUCUGAUUUAUCGUCUUUAUGGUUUGCAAUUAUUAGUUUUUGUAUAGCGCGUUAUCAAUUUCGAUCCGAAGAAAAUGAAGGAGGAGGAGGAAGAAGAGGAGAAGCGGAGUUGCAGUACUCACAGACGGAUAGGAGAGGUAGCUGGAGGAACAGCGGCGGAGUGUGCGAUGGUAUGUUGUUGUUGUCCAUGUACGUUGAUGCAUUUAUUAGUACUAGCUGUGUACAAAGUUCCGACGGGACUUUGCCGGAAAAUAUGGAGGAAGAAGAAGAAACAAAGGCUUUUAAUGAAGAAGAAGAAGAAGAGGAAGGAGGAGGAUUCAUGGAAGUCAAUGAAGAAUAACGGAGAUGUUGACGGCGGUGAUGAGGAGUUUGACGGCGGAUACGACGACGGAGUACGAGAAGUUGCCGAUUUUGAAACGGAAAUGUGGGACCGGUUUGAUGGAGCUGGAUUUUGGAGGGCUCCAUCUCAGAGAGAGGAUUCAAAUGGCAUUAAGUAAACAAGUGAGGACUUAAAUGCAAUUUAAUGGAAAUGAAAUUAAUGAUUUGUAAUGGGUGCAUUUUGCUCAAAAAAAAAAUAAAAAAAUUGGGUGGAGUGAAAAAUUCAUCGAACAGGAUUAUUCUGCUGAACACGCAAUUGAUUUUUUCUAUUUUUAUAUAAAAAAAUUCUUCUUAGAAAAGUAAGACACGGUCCAUAUGGACUUCACAAUGUUUGUUACAUUUGUACAUAUUUUCUUUUCUUCAUUUGCCUAUUUGUUGAAUUUUCCAAGUAAGAUGGAUUUGAGUAUGUGACAAGUUACUCCAGGGUCCACCAAAAAUGGUCUCUAACUUCGAGUUCUAGAUAGGGGUCGAGUACAUGUGACUGUUAAAAUGCUUUAAUAGGUAACGAAAGGUACAUUGAACUGGUUAACGAGAUGUACAUUGAACUGGUUAUUGAUUAGUAUGUGUAUUUUCCCGUGUCAUGUUUAUCACCACAUCUGAACAUUUUU